AUGGACUUGCCGCCUCCUUCAUUCGCCAUUCUACCUCCACCUCCAGGCGCAAACCCGAACCCUAACUCUCAAAUCUUUCCGCCCUACCACCACCAUCACCACCACAAAAUCACCACCGUCCCAACCCAAUCUCCUGAUCUCCACACCACCCUUUCAACCCUAAAACACCUGAUCAACCUCUCUAAAACCACCAUCCAGUCCCUUUCCAAUAUACUUCCCACCACCACCCCCGCCACCGAUGCGAUUGCCACUUGCCCUUACAACUCCAACCACCGGGUCCCUCCCAACUCCCUCUUCAAACACCACCUUCGAUGCCCCUCUUCUCCUGCAGUUAUCGAUCUUGCCCUAUGUGACUCCCUUCACUACCCUAACUCCCUUCACGCUCCGCAAUCUCCACUUAAUCAGGAAAACAAUUGUCUCACCCAGACGCUUUCCAACGAUGCGACCACAGACUUAUGUCUUUCCCUAGAUGGUUACCAUACAUCACUUGAUUCGAAUUUUUUCUACCGGGAUUGUCCCGCGGUUGUUACAUUUCCUCAUGACAAUAACAAAUCUGAUUGUACGCUUACGUUGCCUGCUGUUUUAUCAGCUGAGUGUGCAGAUUUAACAGGUGAUCGUAGCAUUGAUAUAAACGACACCAUUGAUGGUUUGUGUAGUAGUUCUGAUCUUGUUGAGCUACUUGCUUCUAAAUGCUGGAAUGUUAGAACUGAAAUUAAUCAAUGGAAUGAUUAUCCCACUAGCUAUUCUUACAGCGUCCUUCGCUCAGUUUUAUGUUCUUACAUAUCUCAGAAGGAGUAUCUAAUGGAAUGGAUCUUGGUGAAUUCUCCAUUUUAUGGUGUUGUGAUUGAUGUGUUUACGAGGGAUCACAUUCUCUUGCUGUUUAGGCUCUGUAUGAAAGCCAUAGCUAGGGAAGCUGCUGGGUAUCUGGUUUCGAUCUCUAAAGGAGACCCAAAAGAUGGAAAAUAUUGCUUUCAGUGUCCUGUAAUGUCCAGAGUAUUGACAUGGGCUAGCAAAUCAGUAAAUGUAAGUCAGAUCGAUUGUAAAGCUGCCAUGGAAAAUGAUGGAAGAAGAACAGGGAUUAUUUUGGUUUCCCAGGUAGCAGCAGCUGUUGCUGCAUUACAUGAACGUUUCUUGUUUGAAACAAGAAUAAGAACCAUUCGAGCUUCACGGUUUAUUCCAGUUUAUCAAAGAGUGCAAGAACAUGGAUAUAUAUCAAAAAUGGCUGAUGAGGAACGCGGAAAGCGUUCAAAUUACAGAGCUAUAAUUGAACAUGAUGGAGUGCUUUGGCAUCAUGGAGGUAACCAGGAUGGAAAUAAAAAUAAGUCACGAGAGGAAUUGUUAGCUGAAGAAAGGGAUUACAAAAGGCGAAGAGUGUCAUAUCGUGGCAAGAAAAUGAAAAGAAGCACAACCCAGGUGAUGAGGGAUAUAAUUGAUGAAUACAUGGAAGAAAUCAAGCAUGCAUACAUGGCUGGGAGUGGUCAAUCUUCUUUAGAUGCUACAAAGCUUGCAUCAAAACCUUCUUCCAUGAAUGAUUUAGAUAACGAGGCAAAGAUAUCAAAGAAAGCAGUUCCACAAAGUAAUCGGAAAGAGAAAGACUCAGUUUCUGAUAUCAGUAUGAAAUCAUCAAGAUUUGGGGAUGAGAUUAAAGAAAAAAGUAACAGAAACAGACAUGAAGAAUAUCAUACUAGUAAGAGCCGAUCUCAUGAGCAUAGGAAACGAGAUGAACAGCAGCUAAGAGGAGUAGGAAAUACUAUCCAGGCUUCAGCAGUUUAUGAAACUCUGUAUCCACCCUUUUUUAUAAAGGGACUUCUUUUGGAAAAUGUUAAAACCUUAGGGUUGUUUAUGACAGAACUUCUAAACAUCUGUCUCUGCCACGGUGACUCAGGAUCCUCUUUAUGGCAAUUGAGAGGAUCAAUCUUUUCCUUUUUAGCAUCUCUUAUAAUCUUUUCCUUUCCGGCGACAGACAUAAAAUCAGAAACGACAAUUACAGCGACCGGUGGCGGAGAAACGGUGGCGAUGGAAUCUCCUCCGGAAAAAAGACUCGAAAUAAUCACAAAAACAACAACUAACAAUGGAAUCAAGUGCAAAGAACGUGAGCGCGCACAACAACGAGGACGACGGAGGAUGUUGCUAGGGAUAGGGUUUUGGAUACAAGGAUUUCGAUGUUACCCGUGGAUGGCGGUCAUCUUCUUCCUUAAGGACGGACUCCAUGUAGAUCCAUCGACGCUGCAAAUCCUCCAGAAUUCCGCAAAUCUUCCGAUGGUUGCAAAACCGUUUUACGGCCUUCUCUCGGAUUCAUUUUAUAUCUCCGGCCAACAUCGUAUCCCAUACAUUGCCUGCGGAGCGUUUUUACAGGCUUUAUCGUGGUUCUCCAUUGCAUCCCUACCACCUUCAAGCAUCUCCUUCUUCACAAUCACCAUUAACCUCCUCCUCGGAAACCUAGGCGCUUCAAUAGUCGAGGUCGCAAACGACGCCGUAGUAGCAGAAUGCGCGAAGCAACCCGCCGGAAAUUCAGCGUCAUCCUCUUCCUCCGAUCUCCCAUCAUUCGCGUGGGUGGCUGGAUCAAUUGGCGGUGUAAUGGGAAACCUAUUGGGUGGCAUUUCAAUCGAACGAUUCUCCUCACAAACAAUGUUCUUAUUCUUCGGAAUCCUAUUAACACUUCAGUUCUUCUUCACAAUCUCUGUAAACGAAAAAUCCCUCAACUUACCAAAAAGCAAAUCCAAUCACGGAAUACGAAAACAAUUCUUAGAUCUCUUACUCGUGCUAAGAAAACCCGAGAUUUAUCAACCGAUUUCAUGGUUUGCAGCAUCAUACGCCAUAAUCCCAGCCCUAACAGGAACAAUGUUCUACUACCAAACACAACAUCUAAACAUCGAGUCGUCAGUUCUCGGAAUGUCAAAAGUAUUCGGUCAAGUCGCGAUGUUAACAUGGGGCAUCGUUUACAAUCGUCGUCUAAAAUCCAUCCCCCCACGAAAACUAAUCUCUACAAUUCAAGCAAUACUGGCGAUUCUAAUGGUGUCAGAUUCACUAUUCGUUUCCGGUUUCUAUCAUAGAAUCGGGAUACCAGACUCGCUAUACGUCAUCUUUGUUUCUGGGGUUCUGGAGGUUUUGUAUUACUUCAAGACUUUACCUUUCAGCGUUCUAAUGGCGAAGCUAUGUCCACCUGGUUGUGAAGGGUCUCUAAUGGCGUUUGUGAUGUCUUCUAUUGCAUUGGCGUUUAUUAUAAGUGGGUAUAUUGGCGUUGCGCUUGCUUCGUAUGUUGAGAUUACAGAAACUGAUUUUUCAGGGUUACGUAAAGCGCUGUUGAUACAGGCGGCGUGUACUGUUGUGCCUCUGUUUUGGUCGUCGUUUAUUCCAGAGAGCCCGAAGGUUGAAAUUGGAAAAAAAGAAGAGUGAAGCAAAGAGUAUAUAUGGAGAUAUGUUCUUUGAUCAUAGACAAAAUUAGUGUAUUUACGUGUAAGUAUUGGAUCUUGUUUAUUUUUACAAAAGGCACAUGGAUCCGGUUAAGGGCAGGACCCGACCCGGCCACCAUCAUUACUAGAGAAACUGGUUAGGAACAAGAUUGGCAUGUUACUAAUUUACUAGGGACCGGUUAGUGUCAUAAUGGUCUUUUUAUACAUAUGAAUUUAUUACCA